AUGUGGUAUUUAAUAUCAUUGUACGACAAUGAAGAGGAUAAAGAUGAAAAAAGCCCAGAUUUAAUUCCGAAGGAUUGGAUAAUAAAUAAAUUUAAUUGUUGGUAUCCACUGGAUUAUAAAAUAUCAACAAUUAAAAAAUAUGCAAAGACAAUGGAAAUCCCCGACUAUGAUAAAUGGAAAACUUGUAAGAUUGAUAUUAUAGAAGAAGAUAUAGACAAUUAUGAAUAUGGUUUAAAACUUAUGUACAAAUUAAACAAGAAUGCAAAUCUUCAUUCAGAAAUCGAAGAAAGAGGUCGUGGACAAAGGUUAAAAAUUAAACUAAAAAGAUCAUUAGAACAACAUUACUCUUCAAAUUCUGAUGAGGAUGAUAUACUUUUGAAUGAUAAACCAGCAGCAUAUCCUACAUUUCCUAAAAAAAAAAAAAAUCUGUCACAAUCAUUUAAUGAAAACAACAAUUGUUUUAACAAUACUUCUCCACCAAGUAAUGAUGGGUUUGACACAUGUUUUGCCAAUACAUCAUCAUCAACUACUCCUUCAUGCAGCAGUACUCCUUUAACAAGUGAAGUGUCAAAAAAUUUGAAAAAAUGUAAACUGGCCAAAAAAGUAUUGCAUUCCUGUACUUUUGACUUCAAAGAUAAUACUUUAUUAGAAGCUAUUAGUCAUCAACUUUGUAAGCUAUCAGCUGAUAUAAUGAAAGUAAAGUCAAGUAUAAAUUAUGUGAAACAAGAUGUUUCAUCCUUUAUUGAAGAUCAACCGGUGCCUAAUCGUCAGCCAAAUACAAAUAUAAAUUCUGAAGAAAAUCAUUUAUCGUGUUUCCCAUUAAAAAGUGAGAGUGAACUAUUAGCAAUGGAAACAUCAUUACAAAAAGAAGAAUUAAACUACACAAACAAAUUGGUGUCUACAUUAAUUUUUGCCUCUGAGGGAAAAAAUAUUUCCAAAGUUACUUAUAGUAUCUUGAAAAUAAUGUUUUCUGAUGAGCUCCUUAAAUAUUACAGUUGGAAAGGGCAAAAACAAAAAAAACCCUUUUCAGACUUUAUUGAAUUGUUAUUAUUUAAAGGUGCUGUUAGACAAAAAUUUCCAGGCCAAAAUGAUUGUAGAAAUGAAAUCAUCAAUAGUAUUAUGUCAUGGUUAGCACAGGCGCCGACAAGGAUUGCAAACAAAGAAAAACAACAAAAAAGAAAAGAACCUUCAGAUUAUCAUCAACAGCCCAACCCUGAUGAAGACAAUAUUGCAGAUGUUUGA